AUGGCAUUUUCUUCCACCUUUGCUUUUUCAGUGAAACGGUGUAAGCCUGAAUUGGUGGUGCCGGCGAAGCCUACACCACGUGAAAUAAAGAAACUCUCCGAUAUAGAUGAUCAAGAAGGUUUACGGUUUCAAGUUCCGAUAGUGUUUUUCUAUAAAAACAAUCCUUCAAUGAAAGGGAUAAAUCCAGUUGAAGUCAUUCGAGAAGGACUUGCGAAAACACUGAUUUAUUACUAUCCCUUUGCUGGGAGGAUUAUGGAAGGAAACAACAGAAAACUUAUGGUUGAUUGCAAUGGCGAAGGUGUUUUGUUCGUAGAGGCUGAUGCAUAUAUCAGGCUUGAGCAGCUUGGGGAUAACAUAUUGCCGCCAUGUCCGUUUAUGGAAGAAUUUCUGCACGAUGUACCUGGUUCUGGAUGGAUCAUUGGCUGCCCUCUUUUGUUGAUUCAAGUAACCAGAUUCAUCUGUGGUGGAUUUGCUUUGGGAAUUCGAUUCAACCACACUAUGGCAGAUGCUUGUGGGAUGACGCAAUUUCUAAAUGCUAUAUCUGAAUUAGAGAAAGGUGCAUCUGCACCUUCUAUUCUACCUGUAUGGCAAAGAGAACAAUAUUUUAAUGCAAGAUCUCCCCCAAGAAUUACAUGCAUACACCAUGAAUAUGAACAAAGACCACAAUCCACAUACUUUAUGGAUUCGGACAAGCUAAUUCGGAUUGCAGUUUUCUUUACUUCUAAGGAUAUACAAGCACUUUAUAAUCAUCUAUCCUCGUUAGGAAAUUUUCGUAGGUGUUCAAGAUUUGAUUUGAUAGUAGCAUGCUUAUGGAAAUGUCGUACGAACGCACUGAAUCCAUCUGAUCCAGACGAGACUGUUCGUCUUUCAAUCUUUACCAAUGUACGUGGCAAGACAGGCCUGAAUAUACCGACUGGUUACUACGGCAAUGCUUUCGUUUAUCCAGCAGCAGUAUCCACAGUUAGAAUUUUAUGCACUGCUCCAUUGUCAUAUGCAGUUCAGUUAAUUCAAAAUGCAAAGGCUCAAAUGAGUGAAGAGUACAUUAAAUCAGUGGCAGAUCUUAUGGUGAUCAAGAAACGACCCAAAUACGCAACAGGUUGUAAUUUCUUUGUUUCAAACAUAACUCGUAUAGGUUUUGAAAAUGUUGAUUUGGGAUGGGGGAAUGCAGUGUAUGGUGGAGUUGCUUCGGCCACUUCAGAUAUGAGUUUUUGUACGAAUUUCAAGAACAGUAUGGGAGAAUAUGGAGUUGUGGUACCAAUAUGCUUGCCACCAUUGGCUGUGGAAAAAUUCAAAUAUGAGCUAGAAAAGAUGACUUGUGAACCACUCUGCAGAAUGUAA